AUGGCCAAUAUUGCAACCCUGAUAUCAACUAUCGAUACACUCAAUGUAUCACUGCAGUAUGCCAUCGAAAAAGACGAAUCCAGCAAGUGGUUCUCUAGUUCUGAACUAGGGGAUUUGAGUCGUUCAAUAGAGUUAAUAAAAGCUGCACUACAUGAUGGGGGCUUCAAUAAAUUAGAGCUCUCUCAUGAAAAAGAAGUCUUUGUAAGGAAACUCAUGAACGUUGUUUACGAUGCUGAUGAUUUAUUUGAUGCGUUCCUCACUCUGGCAGAGACAAAACAACUCCCCAAGAAUUGUAAGAUAGUUGCAAAGGUACGCGAUUUGUUUUCCUUUGACAAAUCCCAUAAUAAUCCUGCUUACAAAUUGUCUUCAAAGAUGAAGAAAAUCAAAGAGAAGUUGCAUGAUUUGGCUCUAAUAAGUAAGCAGUUUUACAAUUUGUCUUCAGAGAUCACGAAGACUACUAAAGACCAAAUUAUUAGGAGUAGAGAGACUAAUACCAGUUUUUUUAUUCGUGGAGAAGAUUUUAAUGGGAGGGAGGAUGACUUAGAGUCGAUCGUAAGCAUGCUGUUAGAUUCUAAAGCUUCUAAAGAGGUUGUGGGUUGUCUUCCUGUAGUUGGAAUUGGGGGUUUGGGAAAAACUGUUCUUGCUCAACUUGUGUAUAAAGAUGAAAGGGUUUGCUCCCACUUUGAAUUGAGGGCGUGGGUUUAUGUUGCAGAUGGGGAUGAAAAACAACUUAGGAGAAGAGUUUUGGAAAGGAUUCUUGAAUCGUUAGGGGGUUCUAUAUCUGAUGAAAAUUUUACACUUGAUAUGCUCCAGAGCCACUUUCGGGAGAAAGUACAAGGAAAGAGGUUCUUUCUUGUUCUAGAUAAUGUUUGGGAUGUGAAUACAGACGAAUGGUUGGGCUUGAUGAGGUGUUUGUUGUUUGGUGGGCGGGGAAGUAUGAUUCUUGUAACUACACGGAUACAACACACAGCAGAGAUUAUGAGCACGAAACACGUGUAUCAGUUACAACCUCUGUCCAGAGAGCAGUCGUGGCUUUUAUUUGAGAAAAUUGCAUUUGGACCCUAUGAUAAUCACGAUGGCUAUGCAGACCUCAUUCAGAUUGGCAGGGAGAUUGUUGAAAAAUGUGCUGGUAUGCCUCUUGCUAUCAGAGUAGUAGGAAGUGCGCUAUAUGGUCAGGAUAGAAGCAAAUGGCUGUCAAUUCAUGAGACUGGGUUUGCCAAGAGUAGCGCAGGUGAUGUUAUGUCAAUAUUGAAACUAAGUUAUGAUGAGCUUGAGUUCCCCUUGAAGAGCUGCUUUAGCUAUUUAGCUUUGUUCCCCAAGGAUGUUGUCAUAUCUAAAGACAUGUUGAUUAGCCUUUGGAUGGCACAAGGAUAUAUUGUGCCAUUAGACGGAGGUCAAAGCAUAAGAGAUGCUGGUGAGGAAUAUUUUUCAAUUCUCCUGCAAAGAUAUUUCUUCCAAGAAACGACAACAGAUGAAAAUGGUGAAGUUAUCUCAUGUACAAUCCAUGAUUUGAUGCAUGACCUUGCUCAAGAAGUAGCAGGGAGAGAGAUCUGUGCAAUGAAUGCUAUCACAGACAACAUGGGAGAUGAAAUUCGACAUCUCUCUCAUGGAGGAGGAGAGUGUACAGCAGACCCUUCUACUAUAAGUAAGAUCCGUUCUUAUUUGCAGGCGACCUCUGUUCACUCAUUCCCGUUAGAUACAAUAACUGCAAGUUGUAUACGCCUUAGGGCUUUGGACUUGCAUAGUUCAGGAAUUGAACGUUUGCCAGAUUCUUUAGGUAACUUGUUGCACCUAAGGUAUCUUGAUCUCUCUAAGAAUGUCAAUCUCAAAGCCCUUCCCACUUCUCUCACUAAACUAUUUAAUCUGCAAACUUUAAACAUAGACGGUUGCUAUGGGUUGAAAGUGUUGCCAGAAGAUUUCAGCAAACUAGUAAAUUUGCAGCACUUCUAUGUACAUUGGGAUGGAUUGACUUAUAUGCCUGCUGGCAUGGAUAAGUUGACCAGCCUCUGUGUGUUAACCAGCUUUGUAGUUGCUGACGAGAACUCAAGUGAGAAGAACCACGUUGGCCUGUUGAAAGAUCUGAGCCCCCUCAGUCAUUUAAAAGGCUGCAUUAACAUCUCAAUCCCUGAAAAUUGUGCACUUGCAGUUGAAGUGGAUGAUGAUAGCAGAAGAAUUUUGUCGGACAAGGCAGAUCUCAAUGCAAUAUGGAUAAAUUUUCAAGGGAGCAAAUAUGUCAGUAUGGGAUAG